ACCAAGAUGGCGGACCGUAAGGCUGCGGCUUUGUGAGAAAGUUUAGCGUUUGCGAUCCAACAGCGAUAUAAAUGGUCAAAUAUUCGUAGCCCGCGAACCAAAAGUCGAGUUUGGAGCGAUGGAGUGUUAUCUGAAGUGAAGAUUGAAGACGUGAUAGAAGAUGGACGACUACUGCUAUGCUAAGAUGGCGACGUCAUGUAAAAGAGAAAGUGAAAGAGAAUCAACUUCCAGCAAAUCACCAACGGAGAUAAAGACGAAAGAUGAAGACCUUCAGCAACUGAUUGGUCAUACGGAAGAACUUUUCCCUGAGCCGCAAGGUGAAGGCUCCAAUUUGAAGCAAGAGCAUCCAAGGUCCCCCCACAUUAAAGAGGAAGAGGAGGAAUUUGGGAUAACUCAAGAAGCUGAUCUCACCAAGUUGUCAUUGACUGUUGUCUCUGUGAAGACUGAAGAUGAUGAAGAGAAACCAAAACUGGACGACCUCUUAGCUCCACUAUCAGAUAGUGAGGCUGAAGAGGAGGUUGAAGUAACUUUGAGCAGUGAUACAGACUGUGAAGGUGAUAUGAGGACUCACACUGACAACAAACCGUCCGAAAGCUCCCAAAAAAAGAGCGGUACAAAAUGUUUCAGUUGCUCAGUUUGUGCUAAAAGCUUUACACUAAAGAACACUUUGACAGUACACAUGAGAACGCACACAGGAGAAAAACCUUUCGAGUGUUCAGUUUGCGGUAAAACAUUUUCUCAAAAGAUCAAUUUGACAGCACACAUGAGAUCACACACAGGAGAAAAACCAUUUAAUUGUUCAGAGUGCGGUAGAAAUUUUGCUUAUAAUACCCAUUUAACAAACCACAUGAGAACACACACUGGAGAAAAACCUUUCAACUGUUCAGUUUGUGGUAAAAGAUUUUCUCGCAAGAGUGAAUUGGCAAUACACAUCCGAACACACACCGAAGAGAAACCAUUCAAUUGUUCAGUUUGCUCUAAAAGCUUCUCUCAAAAACCAAUUUUGAUUGAACACAUGAGAAUACACACAGGGGAAAAACCAUACAAAUGUUCAGUUUGUGGUAAAAAUUUCACUCAAAAACAAACUUUGACAACACACAUGAGAACACACACAGGAGAAAAACCAUACAAAUGUGCAGUGUGUGGUAAAAACUUCUCUCAAAAACAAACUUUGACUACACACAUGAGAGCACACACAGGAGAAAACCCAUUUAAUUGUUCAAUUUGUGGUAAAGCAUUUUAUCGUGAACUCAAUUUGACUAGACACAUGAGAACACACACAGGAGAAAAACCAUUUAAAUGUACAGUUUGUGAUAAAAAUAUAUCUCAGAAGGCUAAUUUGGCAGCACACAUGAGAACACACACAGGAGAGAAACCAUUUAAAUGUUUAGUUUGUGGUCAACAUUUUUCCCAAAAUAUCCAUUUGACUGUGCACAUGAGAACGCACACAGGAGAAAAACCAUUCAUGUGUUUAGUUUGUGGUAAAAGAUGUUCUCGUAAGAGUGAUUUGACAACACACAUGAGAACACACACAGGAGAGAAACCAUUUGAUUGUUCGGUUUGUGGUCAAAACUUUGCCCGAAAACUAUAUUUGACUGCACACAUGAGAACACACACAGGAGCAAAAACAUAUACAUGUUCAGUUUGUGGGAGAGGUUUUUCACGCAAGGAAAAUUUGACUGGACACAUGAGAACACACACUGGAGAAAAACCCUUUAAAUGUUCAGUUUGUGGGGGAAACUUUUCUCUCAAGACUUAUCUCACAGGACACAUGAGAACACACACUGGAGAAAAAAGCCUUUAAUUGUUCGGUCUGUGGGAAAAGCUUUUUUUCCAGGUGAUGUACGAGGUGACACAAAAACGCAAAAACACGUUUUUUGUUUGAUUGAAACUUUUAUUAGUAGAUUGCACAGCACAGUACAUAGUCCGUACAAUUGACCACUAAAUGGUAACACCCGAAUACGUUUUUCAACUUGUUUAAGUCGGGGUCCACGUUAAUCAAUUCAUGGUUCGUGGUGUCAGAAAGAUGCCAGACAAUAAGAAACAUGUUCCACACGUGGCGUCAGAAAGAUGCCAGACAAUAAAAAACAUGAUCCACACGUGGCCUAAGAACGAUGCCAGACAAUAACAUAUACAGGUAAAAGCCAGUAAAUUAGAAUAUUUUGAA